AUGAAGCAAAAUAUAAAGCAAAAUAUCUUUGAACGUCAUCAAGGGUUUGAUCUCGCAAAUUUUGACAAUUCAAAAUAUCCACUAUCUGAAAUUCCACAUUUUAAGGUCUUAAAAAGCGAAACAUAUGGGGCUUUCAAGGCUAUGGUCGCUCAAAAUUUUGGGAUUCUAGCAGAGCAAAUAAGAUUCUGGAUUUUUAUAAUACGCGAAAAUGAUACUGUCAGGCUAGAUACUCCAUUAACUGACGCUUUUCUUGCAAUGACAAUGGAAAAAGUUCACGAGAAAAUUUCUGUAAAACAAAAUAAUUUAAGAUUGUUUAUGGAAGUGACAGAUAGACCCUUUGACGACAAUGUAUUAUGGUUUCCACUGAUAGAAAGGAACUCAUAUAAUAACCGUAUUAUGAUUUUUGUCAAGUAUUUUGAUCCCGAUACGCAAUCUAUAGAAGGACUCGGUAAUUUAUAUGUUAAAAAGUUCGAUAAAGUUGGUGAUAUUAUGUUAACGCUUUGCGAGAAAAAGAAACUUACAUCACACACAUCCUUGAAAAUAUACGAAGAAUUAUGUCAUAAAUAUAUUAAAGUGAUGAAUUCCAAAUUGACUUUUCAUGAUUCUAAGAUACAAAAUGGUGAUAUAAUUUGCUUCCAAAAGGCUUUAACGGAAGAAGAAUCACAGAAAUAUAUUGCUGCGAGUCGUAUUCAUGAUAUUCCUACAUUCUACAAAUCAAUCGUCGCUAAAUUUGAAGGCAAGGAUCAAAUCCUAAAUUU